AUGCCGAUUCGGAGUCCAGCUCUGGGGGUGGUUCUGCGCGGUAAUUGCAUGCUGCGUCACCCUCAUGUGCUUCCCCUCUCGUGCACCGGUAUAAGACCCCUCCUCAGCAACAAGAUCAGGCUGGCAACAUCUCACCAUCGACAAAUCACCACGACUACAAACAUGACCGAACGAUUCAAGCUCUACUGGACUGUUCCUGCUUCUCACUUGGUCGCAACCAAGGAAGCCGUCUUCAAGACCGGCGCCGGCGUCUACGAGGGCAAAUACGUCCAGGUUGCCUUCCAGAUUACGGGCCAAGGCCAAUUCAUGCCCGUGGCGGCUGCUGGAGCGGAUCCUCACACCGGCACCGUCGACGAGCUUGAGCAGGUCCUCGAGUACAAGGUCGAGGUUGUGUGCGUUGGACGGGAUGUCACUAAAGCCGCGGUAGCGGCUCUGAUGAGCGCGCACCCAUACGAGGUUCCCGCAUACGAGGUGUACAAGUUGGAAGACUUCUAA